GAUUGUUGAGGAUGAUGAAUUCAUACGAUUCACCAGUGGAAACGAAAAAUCAACCUAAAGAAGAUAGCAGAUUUGUGAGUCUGUAUGCCCUUCCUCUGAUUCAAAUGAUUAAACACGCUCACGAGUCAUCGCCGACCAAUAUCACUGGUCAACUCCUGGGAAAUGUCGAUGAAAAUAGGGUGGAGAUUACUUUUGCCUACCCGAUGCCCAGCUCGGAAGGCGAUUUCCAGCAGGUAAACAGCGCCAAUUUUCAGCAGGAUAUUAUUAAUCGCCUUCGUCAAACAAAUAUUGAUAGCAACGUCGUCGGCUGGUAUACUUCUACGUUCAUGAGUUCGUUCUGCACUCCUCAGUUGAUCGCCACGCAAUGUCGCUACCAACUCGACUUGGGCAACAAGAUGGUCGCUCUCGUGAUCGAUUCUCUGGACCUUUCCCGUGGCAAGUUAAACCUGAAAGCGUUCCGCGUGAAUUCUCGGUUCGUGAAGCUUUUUGACGAGAACAAAAUCACUUUCGAUGACCUGCAAGAGCGCCAGCUGUCCAGCAGCGACAUUUUGGAGGAGGUGAAGAUUAACCUGUGUGUGAACGAACUGGAGUCCGUGCUGCUCCGCCAGCUCGAGUUGGAUUCAAUCCUCCGCGAGGAAGAGCCCGUGACGGUCAAUCCGAUGUUCUACCUGGUUCGCUCGUUCAUGCGCAGUGUCGUUGAGAAUCUGGGCGAGGAGGUCGGCGAACGACACGCGUUUGCUGCGCCGGGACACCGAGAGAAGACGCAGGGCGAUGUGGAGUUGAUUAUUGAGGGGGAGCAGGAUGACACGAUGAUGAGCCAGAUCCAGCAGAAUAGUGGACUGGAGCCGCUCUUGGGAUACUGCUCAUUGAAGGAUUUUUGCGAGCGGUUGUGCAGUGUGGGAACGGAUGAGAAGAAGGUGUUGGAGAAGUCGGUGUGGUUUGUUUGUUGA